AUGAGUGUGUCAACUUCACCACGUAAGGUGAAUCAGGGUGUUAGCUCGAGGGCUUCUGAAAUGCAUCAAACUGGCAAAACAGCAAUAGUGAAGUCACUUUCAGAGGAUGAAGUCAUUAGACUCUCUUCUGGUCGACCAAGUUGUACUUUGCCGACCAUCCGGAAGGCUUCUGUUGGGUCCAAAAAUGAUAGUUCAUCCGUGUCAUCCCUGAUUCCAAAUUCAAAUCCUCGUGAUUCAUCUACCAAGGUACUGGGAAAACAUCCAAGAAAUGAUGAAAUACACAAUAAACCAAUGACUAGUAAACAUGCGUCUUGCUCAUUAUCAUCAAAAGGGGUGGAAAUAGGACCAACAAAGGAGUGUACUGGAGAAAACCAGCAACCCCUUGGUGGAGUGAUAAUUGAUAAAAAUGUUCAGAUCCAUUAUCCUGGGAAAGAACAGCCCACAAACAGGGCAUCUUUUGAAGCUUUAUCAACAAGAAAAUCUUUCACUUUUCCUGUGCUAAAUAUGUUCUAUGUGAGGUGCAUGCUUCCCAUGUGCAACAUGGGCUCUCCUUUGCUUAGAAGACUGUCAGAUGAUUCUAGAAUUGGGCUUGAGUUGCUAGCCGAUUCUCUCUCAUGGUUUGUGGUGUAG